GCUGCAUCACGUCUGCAGCAGUGUAUAUGUUCAGCUCACUCCCCUUGGCUUCCCGCAAACAUGGUGUACCAUAACUUGAAAGCUCUGAUCAAGGGGAUCCGGGCAUGUAAGACUGUAGCUGAUGAGCGAGCCCUCGUUAAACAAGAAUCCGCUGCUAUCCGAGCCUCCUUUAGGGAAGAAGACUCGUACGCGAGGCAUAACAAUGUCGCGAAACUGCUUUACAUCCACAUGCUCGGCUCAGAGGCGCAUUUCGGGCAGAUGGAGUGUCUCAAGCUGGUGGCCAGUCCACGUUUCGGGGACAAGCGUCUAGGCUACCUGGGGAUUAUGCUGUUGCUUGACGAGAGUCAGGAGGUGCUCACGCUUGUAACCAACUCGCUGAAGAAUGAUAUGAACCACGCCAACAUGUAUGUCGUAGGACUGGCGUUGUGUACAUUCGCAGAUAUUGCAUCCGAGGAGAUGUCGCGAGAUCUGGCCAACGAGAUUGAGAAGCUGCUUGGUUCAAGCAACACGUACAUCCGCAAGAAGGCUGCUCUCUGCGCUUUGCGAGUUGUCCGCAAGGUGCCUGAGCUUGCCGAUCAUUUUGUUUCGAAAGCCAAGAACCUGCUUGCGGACCGCAAUCACGGUGUCCUGUUGACAGCCAUUACGCUGGUGACGGAAAUGUGUCAAAUGGACACGUCCUGUUUGGCAGAGUUCAGGAAUGCGGUUCCGCUGCUCGUACGGCAUUUGAAGUCGCUAGUGACCACAGGAUACAGCCCAGAACACGACGUGUCUGGUAUCACAGACCCGUUCCUGCAAGUAGAGAUACUUCACCUUCUGCGCCUGCUUGGCAAAGGGGAUGAGAAGGCGAGCGAGGUCAUGAACGACAUUCUAGCCCAGGUAGCCACAAAUACAGAUUCAACGAAGAACGUCGGAAACUCUAUCUUAUACGAGACUGUCAUGACUGUCUUGGAGAUUGAGGCGGACAGCGGCUUGCGCGUAAUGGCUAUCAACAUUCUGGGUAAAUUCCUCAGCAAUCGGGAUAACAACAUCCGCUAUGUCGCGCUCAAUACACUCAACAAGGUUGUCUCGAUUGAUACCAACGCUGUCCAGCGACAUCGAAACAUCAUUCUAGAUUGUCUCCGCGAUGGCGAUAUCUCCAUCCGACGGCGAGCCCUGGAACUAUCGUACGCGCUAAUCAACGAGCAGAAUGUCCGCGUUCUCGUCCGAGAACUGCUCGCAUUCCUCGAGGUCGCGGAUGAUGAGUUCAAGCUCGGCAUGACGACCCAGAUCUCUCUGGCGGCAGAGCGCUUCGCCCCUAACAGGCGGUGGCACAUUGAUACCGUGCUCCGCGUACUGAAACUGGCCGGCAACUUUGUCCGAGAGGAGAUCUUAUCGGCAUUCAUCCGUCUUGUAGCAUAUACCCCUGAGCUGCAGGCAUAUACCGCAUCUAAGCUAUACACCGCUCUACGAUCCGACAUCUCUCAAGAGUCCCUGACACUCUCGGCUACUUGGAUCCUCGGAGAGUACAGCGAGAUCCUGCUGGAAGGCGGGCUUGUUGAUGAGGAUCAGCUUAAGAGGAUUACCGAUAUCGAGCUAGUCGAUCUCCUCCUGUCCAUUAUCGACUCACCUUACGCCAACUACCUCACGCGCCAAUUUGUUCUCACUGCAAUCACGAAGGUUUCAGCACGGCCAGGCACCUCGCAAGCUCAGCAAGAACGGAUAGACAAUGUCCUCCUGUCGUAUACGGCCAGCCCGGAGCUGGAGAUUCAGCAACGAGCGGUCGAGUUCGCGAGCCUGUUUAACCUCGAUGUCCGCGCUGGAGUACUGGAGCGAAUGCCUCCUCCGGAAUUGAAGGCGACUGUGCUGGGCGUCGUCAGCGAGAACAAGCCCGUUGGGUCCGUGCAGCCAAGCAAGGAUGGCGAUCUUUUGGGCGACGAUGUAUCGUCCAGCAGUACGCAACCGACCAACGGCAAUGUCCCCGCGGUCAUGCAGAGCAACCAGGACCUGCUGGCCGAAAUCUUCGGCAGCUCGACGCCCGCCGCGCCAUCACCAGCACCCGCAGCAGCAACGCAGAAGAACACCGUGCAAGACAUUCUGGGCCUCUUCGACUCGGCACCUUCGUCCAGCCCAGCACCCGCUCCUACGCAGAUGCCAGUUGCAAAUGGCGCGCCAGCCGCGCCUUCUGCGUUCAACCUGCCGCAGACACAGACGCCGCAGACACAGACGCCGCAGACACAGCAGCCUCUGCAGCACCGCUUGACAGCGUACACGGCAUACGAGAAGAACGAACUAAAGAUCACGCUGACGCCGAACACGUCGCCCACGCGUCCGGGCGUAGUGAACAUCCUGGCCAGCUUUCAGGUGACAGGGAGCAUUCCGGCGAUCGGGCUGAACUUCCAAGCCGCGGUGCCCAAGUCACAACAGCUGCAAAUGCUGCCCAUGUCGAAUCCCGACAUCCAACCGGGAAGAGCUGUGGAGACGCAACAAAUGCGAGUAAUCGCGCCAGUAGGGGCCAACGUGCGGCUACGGUUGCGGAUAUCAUAUUCGGUCGGAGGGCGUGCUGUUCAGGACCAGGUGGACUUCAGCGGAUUCCCGCCGGGUCUGACGGGCGGUUCAUGAUCUUGUCUCUUGUUCAUAUUUGGAUAAUUGCCGUUGUUUUGCCUCGAGCGCUGUGGCUGCCGAUGAUUAACGUACUGCUUUUCUAUAGCAGCGUGAUUUAGCGAGAUUGAAAUGGCUAAGGUACGAUCGUAAGCGAGGUGAUGAAGGUACCGAGGGUAGUCUCUCUUCACUGUGGAGAGCUGGCGAACGUUCUGCGAUCAAUAUUACUUCAGCCAAGUUCAUGCUGGUUAAACGACGUAACUAGAGACACGAUCUCUACGGAACAAUCUAAAGUACUCCCAUUGAGCCACACGAUGCACAACAGCGUCCACCAGUCAAUCCCUCAAUAUGAAGACUCGUCAAUAGCCUCCGUUCUGUUCUAAGUGGCACCCGCCUUCGCAAGGGAGGCAAUGUCGU